AUGGCGGCGGCGGCGGCCCGCGGGCGGGGGACGGGGACGCCCGGCGGUCGCGCCGGGGCCGGCAGCGGGCCGAGCACGCGCUCACGCGGGACGGAGGCGGGGCGCCGGGCCAGAGCCCGAACCCCUCCCCGCCACCGGGGAGACGCGCGCGGGGCCGCGGACGGCCAACGGCGAGCGGACGCCGGGGACCCGACCCACGCCCGGGGCACGCGCGCGCCAGGGCGGGGACGCGGCCGGCGGGGGUGGGGGGCGGCGGGAGACGACGGCGGCCCCUCGUCACCACACAACGCCACCGCCGGGGGGGCGGGGGCGAGCGGCGGACGCGGGCGGGAAGGCCGCAGCGGGCCCGGGAAGCGCCGGGCGCCCCGGGGAGCGCGGCACCGGGUCGGCAAGACGGACGACGGACGGGGGCGGGCUUUCGGGAAAGGCCGCGGACGGGAGACGCCCCGGCGGCCAGGGGCCAGCCAGGCGCCGGAGAACGGCGAGCGGGAGCGGUGGAGGAGAGGACCGCGGGCCACCGCGAGGGGCUUUCGGGAAGCCUCAGAAGGCACCUGGGAGGCCGAGGUCGGGCGCCCAGGGGCGCACGCGGGGUCCCACCGCCCGAGGCCUCCAGCGCAAGGGCGGUCCCGCGGCACCCGAGGACGCCGGCCCGGCCCCCACGGCGGGCCCCAAGCAACCUCGCGGGGCUCGGGGGCCCCAACCGCCACCGUUCACGCGACCGGUUCUCCCGAGAACGCUCUCCCGCACACGCGCAACGACGCCCAGCCCCAACACCCCCCGCGCGCCUCCCUCCUCCCCUUCCUCGGAGGACCGAGAGCACUUCGCCCGGGGACGGCCCCCCCCCGAGCCACGGCGGCCAAGGGGGGGGGGCAAGACACCCAACAGCGGCGAGGCCGGUUUCGGUCCACGGAGGGCGGAGUUAGGGGCGCGGCACGCGCGGCGCCCCCGCGACCGUGCGGUCGGGGGACGCGGGCAGGCGGGGGGGGCGGGGGGGGGGGGCGGGUCGGCGGCGACGGGGAGGAGGCGCACAGCGGGCGAGGGCCGGGAGAGCGCGUGGGGAAGGGCCGGUCCCGGGAAGGGCGCGCCAACGAAGGCGCGAGCCGGGCCACCGGGCGGGAGCUGGCCCGACCCACACGCGCCCGCCGAGCCACCGCCGGCGGCGACUCGGCUCGGGAGCGGGCGGCGGCCCAGACAGCCAGCCGGCCGCUAGCGGCGCUCCGGGGCCGACAGGGCUCGCGGGGCGGGGGGCGGGUCUCCGGCAAGGGACAGGCACAGGGCAACCCCGAGCGCUCGCGGCCGGUGCCCCCUCGAGGACGCCGCCUCCGCCUCGCCCGCGCACGGCGUGGUCACGUCACCGCCCAGAGGAGAGAGCUCCCCGCCUCCCGCGAGGGGCACGGGUGCGCCUCCCUUGCCGACUUCUUCCACCACCCGCUCCUCGGACACGCCGACGACGGCGGCGGCAGCCCGAGGGGAGUCGCCGGGGAAGGAAACGACGCCACCGCUCGGCCUCAGGCACCUGAGGCGACCUGGAGCGCUCCAGGGGCACCACGGAGGGCCGGGCGCAACGCGCUCAAGCGCGCCCAGGCCGGGCGGGCCUUCGGGAAAGGCCGGCGAGAGUGUCCGCCGCGUCCGAGGACCCCGGUCCCGCCAGCGCCGCGAGGCAAGAAGGCGGGAGGCCGGGGUCGGGCCGGAGUCCGCACCACCCCCAACCCCGGCGCGCGCCCCCCGCGCACCCGCCACGACGGCCGGGCGCGGAGGAGCCGGGGAGGGAGGGGCCCGCGGGCAGAACGAGAAGAGCGGUCGCAUCCGCCGUGGACGCCCGUCCCUCGUCUGACGCGGCUUAGGCCCGGCCCAGGAGAGCACGAGAUCACCACAUCGAUCGAUCGGCAGCAAGCUGCGGCCCCGAGGGGGCUUCCCGAGGAGCAAAAGCCCAGCGAGGACGGCGACCGGGGGGACCUGCUUCCGCCUCACCGGCAAGCCCCUCGACCCCCGGGGGGGGGGGGGGCAGGAGCGACCGGACAACCCCAGACACAGCGGGGGACGCCUGACACGCGGCACGGAGCCUUGCGAGACAGGGGUUGUCACGGCCAACGGCCGGGUGCCCACGGCAUGGAGCGCACGGGGGUAAAAGACCCACCGCCACCUGCCCACACCGCCCUCCCUCGGGUGCCGGAGACCGGAGGGCGACACCGCGACCCGGGCCACCUGGAGUCCAGCACGAGAGCCGGCGCGCAGGCCCAGGCGGACGGCUCAGGCUCCAGCGAGCGAGGACAGGGACCGGCUCGGCCGCGCGGUCAAGCCCGGAACCCCACCCGCGCCCAGAGGCCCACAUCUCUAAGGCGAGCGACGGACGGACCGGCUGUCUUUUACGUCUGCCUGUCGUCUGUCUGCCUGUCGCCGAAACACAACGUGUCAGCACCUACCUGGCAACAAAAAAUGUUCAUCUCGGGCAAGAAAAUAACCGCGCCUGCCGGCGGGGACCAGCCACAGGUCACCGCGACCUCCCGGGACCGUGACACGGCCAACUGUACCCAAAACCUGCCCCACGGCGCCCCCCCACCCCCAACCCCACGGAGCCCCCAGGGCUAUCUG